AUGUCAGAUAAACUGCAAGACGCAGGAACUUCAGAAAUCUUCAGUCAACAACAGCAAAAUUGUGGCCUCUGCCUCGGCGUAAGGCGUCUGCUGCCACACACACGGCUUACACAGUUAGAUGCUGCUGUUCCGUGCAUUACAGUAUAUACAACAAACUGGAGCCUGCCUGAGCCAUUCUACUUUAAGUCCGUUCCGGCUGUGGAAACAGCACUUCUGUUGCCACCACCAGCAUCAUCACGCUCCACCUGCCAUGGAGCGGAGGUUCACGCCCCCAGCGAUGAAUAUAAAGCAUCCGAGGCAGAAGCUCUUCUUGUUCACUGUCACCUGGACCGUGUGAGGAGCAGUUCUGUCGCCAUGAAGGCAGUGAUUUUCCUCCUUGUGCUGGGUCUGGUGGUCACAUGUGUCAAGCCAGAUCCUGGCCCUGUGCCUGACGCGGCCGCCACUCCAAGUUACUUCUCUUACGGAUAUAGUCCGUUUUAUGGUCAUCGCUACAUUCCAAUUUACAAAUACAAAUACUUCAUCCCCUAUUACAGCCACGGAUAUGACUAUGGUUCUAACUAUGGCUAUAAAUUCAAACAUGGCCACUCAUACUACGGCUACCCUUACUACGGACUAUACUAAUUGGUGGCGGCAUGUCUGCCAGCCUUCUGCGGCAGCCAGUAAAUUUUCACAUCUAUUACACCCUGAAAAAAAAUAAAUGAAUAAAUAUGUAAUAUCUAAGACCUAUAUGUUCUAUGUAUCUUUUUUUUCAGUAAAGUGUAGCUCUGUGU